UUUUUUUUUACAUACCUUCUAUAUAUCUAUAUAUUUUUUUAUAAUGCCUAAAUCAAAGCGAAGCACAGUUGUGUCACUCACCAAAACUGACAAAAAAGGUUAUGAAGGAAAAGAAAAGUUGAUCGAACAAAUCCAAGAAUGUGUUGAUCGAUUCGAAUAUAUUUGGGUAUUCUCUGUCAAGGACAUGCGUAAUACCUUUUUGAAAGAAGUACGUAAUGAAUUGAAAUCAACAUCUCGCUUUUUUAUGGGACGUAAUCGAGUGAUGGCUAAGGCUUUGGGUACAACGCCAGAAGAAGAGUACAAGGAAGGAUUAGCAGGAAUUGCCAACGAAUUACAUAGUGAGGUGGGAUUACUGUUUACCAACAAAUCACCUGAAGAGAUCAAACAAUACUUUGCCAACUAUACACAACCUGAUUAUGCUAGAUCUGGUAACAUUGCUACGGAAACCGUGAUUAUUCCUGAAGGUCCUGUCAAACGUGGUGUUGAUCCUAUGCCUCACAAUAUGGAACCUUUGAUUCGAUCUUUGGGUAUGCCAACUUCUUUGAAAAAUGGUAUUGUUACAUUACAUUUCCCUUAUACUAUUUGUCGUGAAGGUGAAACUCUCUCAACAAAUCAAGCACAUCUUUUGAAAUUAUUUUAUCAUCAAUUGGCUGAAUUCCGUGUAGAUUUGACAUGUUAUUACCACAAAGGACAAGUCAUUCCUGUUGACAAUUAAAUAGACUCUUUUUUUUUUUCCUUCUCUAGCUUAGUUUCUCUUUCUUACAUCUUUAUUAUCACUUUUUUUUUGGACAUAUCCCAUUUUGCAUUUUCAUGAAAAUAGAUAAAUAAAUAAAAAUAUUCUCUCU